AAUCUUUCAUCUUCAUGGACACUUUUGCUUUUACUCAUUCAUUUUGCUUUUCCUUCACUGAUUCAAAUCAAAACAAACUUACGAAUUUGUUCUUGCGAAUAUCCAAAAUAUUAUAUAAAUUUAUGCAUUUAGGACUAAAAAUAACAUGAGACGAAAUAAAAGUCCUUAUAGGGAAAGACCUUACAAACGUAGAAGAUCACGAUCCCAAAGUAGGGGGAACAGUAAAUACAGAAAAACAAGUCCGAAUUCAUCUAUUUCAACAAAUGUGGAAGAUUUUAGUUUCAUCAAUUAUAAAAGGGAUUUGAACAAGAUAAUACUGUAUAGCAGUGAGAGUAACACCGUGGCUAACAACUUGGAUGAUUUUUGGGUGUUUUUGAAAAAGUAUGAAGCUACUCUGAAGAAAGCUGGUAAGCCAUUGCUGGAGAAAAAAAUUGAAGAUGGUUUGAAUGAAUUCGGAGUUCCUAAAAACUAUUCUAAAUACCAUUGUAUCAAUUUCAAUACAAAGUUGAAAUAUGUUGAUGUUGUAUCUGAUAAUAGAGACAGGCGGAAACUGGAUAAAGCAUUGUUUGAUGUGUUUUUGUGUGUUGUUUCGAUUUAUAUUGAUUUUAAAAAUAAGGAAAAGUUUGAAAGACUGAAGAAGUUGAGACAGACUCAGAGGGAGCUCCCAGUUGCCAGUUACAGGAAUGAAAUAGUGUCAGCGGUGCAAAAUGAGCGAGUGGUUAUUGUUGCCGGAGACACAGGCUGCGGCAAGUCUACACAAGUGCCGCAAUAUUUGCACGAAGCGGGCUUCCAGAACAUUGCUUGCACCCAGCCAAGACGUAUCGCAUGCGUGUCGCUGUCCAAACGUGUGGCGUAUGAAAUGCUAACCCAGUUUGACAACAAGGUCGGUUACCAGAUCAGGUUCGAGAAGAGCCGUACAGCCGACACUAAGAUAUGUUUCAUCACUGAAGGACUUUUGUUGAGACAGAUGUCCUCGGAGAACCUGCCAGACUAUGACGUCAUAAUUCUCGACGAAAUCCACGAGCGCCACCUGAUGGGGGACUUUCUAUUGGGAGUCCUCAAGUGCCUCAUACACGGCCGCAGCGAUAUCAAGCUAGUACUGAUGUCCGCUACUAUAAACAUUAAGUUGUUUAAGGACUAUUUUAGUAAGGAGUCUGCAGUUGUUAUAGAGGUCCCUGGUCGUCUCUACCAGAUAGACUUACAUUACAGACCUAUAUUUAUAGAAGAUAAACCGACAAGGGAUGAUCGGCUGGACCCCCAACCAUACGUGCAGAUCAUGCAGAUUAUAGAUAACAAAUAUCCUAGUGACGAAAGAGGGGACCUUUUAAUCUUUAUGUCAGGAGUACAGGAGAUCACGACGAUAUGCGACGCGGCUCAACAAUAUGCCGAGAAGAACAAGAAUUGGAUUGUGUUGCCGCUGCACAGCGGGCUGUCUCUGCAGGAUCAGGAUAAGGUAUUUGAUUAUCCGCCAGAGGGCGUCCGGAAGUGUAUAGUGUCCACCAAUAUCGCGGAGACAUCAGUCACUAUCGAUGGCAUUCGGUUUGUCGUGGAUUCUGGAAAGGUGAAGGAGAUGAGUUACGAUUCAACAACAAAAAUGCAAAGGUUGAAAGAGUUCUGGAUAUCCAAAGCGAGUGCUGACCAGAGGAAGGGGCGAGCGGGGAGGACUGGUCCCGGCGUAUGUUACCGCGUAUACUCCGACAAGCAAUACUCUGACAUGGAGCCCUACAGCAUCCCAGAGGUGUCCCGAGUGCCGCUGGCCUCGCUGCUGUUGCUAAUGUGUUCGCUGGGAGUCACCGACGUCAGGAAGUUCCCCUUCCUCGACCCGCCACCCCCCGAGGGACUGGAGAAUGCUGUGCUGGAGUUGAAACACCACGGUGCUCUAACCUCAAAUGAAAAGUUGACUUCCCUCGGGAAAUGCCUAGCGAACCUCCCCGUGGAAGUGUCCCUAGCUAAAGCCUUAGCCAUAGGGGCUGCGACGUUACCGCCCCAUAAGAGGGACUCCGCCCUGGCCUUGACUGCAGCCCUUGGAAUAAGAUCUAUUUUUACCACGAGGGCUCAUAGAGACUUUGAGUGUGAGAACGCCAGAAAACCCGAAGAAUCAGAUCACGGCGACCCUAUAACCCUCCUGUCUUUAUACUGCGCCUGGCUUACAGUCAAAGCUGAAGGUAAUGGCGGGCGCGCGUGGUGCCGGCGGAGAGGAGUCGAGGAACAACGCUUGUAUGAACUGACCAAACUGGCAGCUCAGCUGCGGGCGUUGUUACAGGACAACAAUCUGAUGGAGGUGUUGGAGCCUGAAGCGAUGUCGUCAACGGAAAGGUCUUUGAGACACGGGCAGCUCAAACAGUUGAAAGAGAUGAGAAGACAAUACAAACAAAAGGCAGCCGAAGAAUCGAAACGCAAGAAGCGGCUUAAAGUAGAUACCUGGGAGAUAGCGGAGGAGACGAACGAAGACUCGACCAUAGACAUCAGAGACAUAGAAUUCCGGAUGUCCAACGACGCAGGCAGGAUCCGGGAGCUGAUUUCCGGCUCCAGCGCCAGCAGUGGCCGGGACCUGGUCAUGUUGAAGAUAAAUGAUUUUUGUCUUUGUCUAUAUCUAUACCCUAUUCGUCUUGGACUGAGACAAAAGAUGGUUCUUUGUAGAGCUCUGUAUCCACAAAUCGCUGUAGCAGAUGAAUUUAAUCAUUGCAAGUCAAUCUCCGAGCAACUAUUUCAUACGUGGAGUAAGCCGUAUGUGUUCCUCCACCCGACCUCAUAUUUCGGCAAACAAGGUCGCGUGCUGCAGCUGACUGAGGCUGACAUACAGACAGACAUACCCGGGUACAAGAGCAAGCUGCCCGUGUCCGGGAAACAUCAGAUAUUAUGCUAUCUAUCCUUACUAGAAACGACCAAGCCGUACAUUGUCAACUCCAUGCGGAUGCCGGCAGCUCAGACAUUGCUGCUUCUGGCGCAUUCGAUCGACACCAAUUUGGGCUUCACCAGGAUCGUGUGUGAUUCGUGGUUGUUACUGGAGUUCCCGUAUCCCGACACUGGACUGAAUCUGCUCAUGAAAGCCACGAAGCUAAGACAGAGGUGGGACGCGCUUAUCAACCGGAGACUGGAAGACGCAAACCCGAAUAAGUCAGUGGAGGGGGAGCUUCAAAAGCAGAAAAAGCUUCCGUACGAUGAGCUUCAACACGAGCUUUCCUGCGAUAUGAGCUCUUAUGUGAACAGCGAAGUUUAUUAUACUAUAAAGAGGUUACUCCCAGGCGACCUCAAAGUUCUAUACUAUGGUCCAGAUGAAGCUCACGGCGCUGUGGACCCAAACCCUUUUGAUCAAGGGUUCGAAUGUCGACCGCACGAGAAGAAGGGAGGGGUUUAUGUCACCGACAACAUAGUGUAUAACUGUGUAAUAGACACAGAUUGGAGUUAUAAUAGCUAUCAAGAAAACUACAGCCUAAUUUGGACAUGUCCGGACUGCAACAUCGCCUUAUGUCUAUCACCUUUAGAGCGAUUACAGCAUAAACAUUUCACUUGUACUGCUAGAACGGAGGAGAAGAAAGAAGUGCCAAAACCUACAAGGGAAAAUAGACCUAAUGCUAAGGAGUAUAAGUGCGAAUGUUGCAGUGAGGUUUUGUAUAUGACUCCAGUAGAGAUAUUGAAACAUAAGAAGAUUUGUAAAAUGAAAUAAAAAUUGUAUUUAAAAAAAAAA